GCUAUAAGGCACAGUACAGUAAAUGCUUCUAAAUACCAACGUGCAUCUUCCCGAUGAAGUCCGUACAGCUUUGUUUGCUUGUCACUCUAUUGGUGGUGGUUGCAGUGAUGGCCGACGAUGAGGAUUUUGGCUGUUCUGCCAACGAAUAUUGGCAUGAGUGCGGUGUCGGAUGUCAGCCGCACUGUUAUGGCCCACUGCUUCCUCCGUGCGAUGAACCGUGCAAAGCCGGAUGCAUCUGCAAACCCUGGCACGUUCGAGAAAGCAAAGAGGGCGGAGAGUGCAUCAAACAUGAGGAUUGUAAAGAAGAAGGCUUUCUGUUCAACAACUAAUACCUCAAUGCAAUCGUACUGAUUAUGAUCAUUCUACAUUGAACAUCUAAUUAAAACGCAAGUGUAACACUUAUUGCAACUAACAAGAUGAAACCAGUGGCGAUGUUCGCGUGCCUGAUCGUGCUGAUCUUCACCCUGCAGAACGCACAUUGUGCUUGUCCUUAUGCUCAUCCCUACCCAUACGACCUGUGUGGACCUAAUGAAGAGUUCCAGGAGUGUGGUACCGCUUGCCCCAAGACGUGUGCCGAUCUUAACGAUCCUCCCAAAGCCUGUACACUGCAGUGUGUACAGGGAUGCUUCUGCAAGCCUGGAUUCGUCCGAGAGUCUCUACAUGGCAAAUGCGUUCCGGAAUGUGAGUGUCCCUCAGAGAAAUGUGGUGGUGACAACGAGCACUACCUCACGUGUGGUCCAGUGCAACAACCGACCUGCGACAAUCCGUCGGUAGAGAACGAUCUCAUUGGCUGUGCACAAGGGUGCUUCUGUAAGCCGGACUACAUUCGACAUGCAGAAGGCGGAAUAUGCAUGAAACCAGUGGCGAUGUUCGCGUGCCUGAUCGUGCUGAUCUUCACCCUGCAGAACGCACAUUGUGCUUGUCCUUAUGCUCAUCCCUACCCGUACGACCUGUGUGGACCGAACGAAGAGUUCCAGGAGUGUGGUACCGCUUGCCCCAAGACGUGUGCAGAUCUUAACGAUCCUCCCAAAGCCUGUACGCUGCAGUGUGUACAGGGAUGCUUCUGCAAACCUGGAUUCGUCCGAGAGUCUCUACAUGGCCAAUGCAUUCCGGAAUGUGAGUGUCCCUGCAGAGUCUUUACGCGGGCAUUAAACGUAAACCAACUGUUAACAAUGAAGUCUGUAACUGUACUGUUCGCUUUCACCAUGCUCAUUCUCGUUGUGACGAAUGUAAUUGCUGAAGAUACGUGUGAGGAUGCGAAUGAACAGUUUCUCGAGUGUGGCCCUGUGUACCAACUGACUUGCGACUCACUCUAUGAGAAGGACACUGCUAACUGCACUCAAGGGUGCUUCUGUAAACCGAACUACAUUCGAAGUUCGGAAGGCGGACCAUGCAUCCCUACAAACAACUGCCCGCAUUAUUCUAACAACAUGAAACCAGUGGCGAUGUUCACGUGCCUGAUCGUGCUGAUCUUCACCCUGCAGAACGCACAUUGCGCUUGUCGUUAUGCUCAUCCCUACCCAUACGACCUGUGUGGACCGAACGAAGAGUUCCAAGAGUGUGGUACCGCUUGCCCCAAGACGUGUGCCGAUUUGAACGAUCCUCCCAAAGCCUGUACGCUGCAGUGUGUACAGGGAUGCUUCUGCAAACCUGGAUUCGUUCGAGAGUCUCUACAUGGCAAAUGCAUUCCGGAAUGUGAAUGUCCCUCAGCGAUACGAAUCUUUACGAGGGCAUUAAACGUAAACCUACUUUUAACGAUGAAGUCUACAACUGUGCUGUUGGCAUUCGCCCUGCUUAUCCUCGGUGUGGCGAUAGUAAAUGCUAUAGAAUCAUUCUACAUCGAACAUUCUGUUACAACAGCAGUGCAACACUUAUUCCAAUCUAACAACAUGAAACCAGUGGCGAUGUUCGCGUGCCUGAUCGUACUGAUCUUUACUCUGCAGAACGCACAUUGUGCCUGUCCUUAUGCGCAUCCCUACCCGUACGACGUGUGUGGACCGAACGAAGAGUUCCAAACGUGUGGUACUGCUUGUCCUAAUACUUGUGCCGAUCUGAGCGAGCAACAGAAACCGUGCACCAAGCAAUGUGUUCAGGGAUGCUUCUGCAAGCCAGGGUUUGUACGAGAGUCUAAGGAAGGCAAAUGUAUUCCGAAAUGUGAGUGUCCCUGCCAUUAGAAUGACAGAGUUUGCUUUGGCGCUGCUCUAAGCUUCAACAAACAGCGUUAUUGUUUGAAUAAAAUUUGAGCAAUAAUAGCACCAGUUAACUAUCACCAUGGGCGGGAAAGAAGCGUUAAAACAAAAGCGCUUUCGUUGAAGAAGUAAGAGUCGGGAUAACCACUAAACUAGCGUGCCUAUGUAAACACUCGAUAGCGUUUCAGACGCGUCGUGUGAGCAGCAAUGCAUUAGCAAAGUAACUCACGCAUUCACAUUUCAUCAAACAAUAAUAAAACACUUCA